AAAGCACCAUCUUCUUUUUGGUAUACAAGCCGUGUAUGUAUAAUUCGCUGAUCAACUAUUGGGAUUCAGACAUUAGAAAAUAACGCUUAUAUGGAAGAAUCUGAUUCUGCUGAUAAACCUGCAAAAUUUAAAUACAGCCUCUGUGGGACAUGUUGUACAGCACAAGGGUAUGGAACUCUUUGUUUCAUUUGUCUUAUGCCAAUAUGCGCUAUGGAAGAAAUAAUCAGAAAUAUAACUAAUAUGCCACGUCCCUGUUCCUACUUUUGUGCUUCUAUCAUGACAAUGCUUUCAUGUUGUCUCUGGGGUCCCAUAAUAGGGUGUUUCAGAAGAUCGUUUCGACGGAGACGAGGAAUACGAGGAUUAAUAUGUUGUGACUGUUGCUUCUCAUGUAUCCUACCUUGCUGUGCAAUAACUCAGAUGCUACGUGAGAUCAGAGAAGAUCAACUUAACUGUCCAGACACAUCAGAAGCAUACUCGGUCGAGGAAAGCGGAAGCACAGAUAGCUAGAACAUGUGAAAUGGACACAGGUAUUUAUAAGACAGUUCAAAUACUACUGUGAUGAAGUGUGAGGUAGCGAUUACAGUAAAUAAUAACUAUAUAUAUAUAUAUUUAACAUACCGGUUUUCUUUUCUUACGGUUAGUAUUGUAACACGACUGGGGGGCUCUCCAAAAAAUUGCGCUACGUCGGCUGCAUCUGAAAGAAUGGUCAGAUGUAAAUUUAAGAACGCUAUUAACCAUGCCAAACACUCACUUAAUCCAGAUAGAGAAAAGCAGCCCAAAGGAAGCACAAUGCGUACCAAGGCUACUAUUAAACGACUUAACAUGUAUCGCAAUUUCAAGGCCAAAAGAAACAAAAAUGGAAAAAUUGUUCGCCCUGCACCUUUUCAAUCAACCCUCCCUUCCGGUACAGUCGCACGGGUUGAGCCUAAUAGAAGAUGGUUUGGCAACACACGUAUUAUCAGUCAAGAUACCUUACAGGGUUUCAAGGAGGCAAUGAAGAUUCGAAAUCCAUACGAUAUUGUUUUACGUCAAACGCGCUUACCUAUAUCUCUUUUAGACGAAAAGAAGACGAAAACCAAAAGUGCUCUUUUGACAUCACAGAGCUACUCCUACGUAUUUGGCAAUAAGGCACAGCGUAAAAGACCUUCAUUGGAGUUUGAUGAUCUGUCGGCACUUGUACAACAUGCUGAGUCAAAUCAGUAUUCGUAUAACUCGACUGAAGAUAAACAUAUGGUUCGAUGUGAUGAUGGUGUUCGAGAACUGACUCAGGACCCUCACUUUAAAGCUGGAAGAUCGAAGCGGCUAUGGAAUGAGUUAUUUAAGGUUUUGGACUCGUCAGAUGUUGUACUUUACAUUUUGGAUGCACGUGAUCCAAUGGGGACGCGAUCUCCGUAUAUCGAGAAGUACUUGAAAACUGAAAAACCGCAUAAACAUUUCAUUUUUAUUAUCAAUAAAGUGGAUCUAGUUCCUGUAUGGAUAACAAAACGAUGGAAAGCCAUCUUAUCUGAAGAAUAUCCUACUUUGAUAUUUCAUGCUGAUAUGAAUAAGCCUUUGGGCAAGGUUGCUCUUAUGGGUCUUUUAAGGCAACUGGCAUCGCUUCAUAGUAAAGAACGACCACAAAUAUCAGUUGGUAUCAUUGGUUAUCCAAAUGUUGGAAAAAGUAGUAUUAUUAAUGCUCUCAGAAAUAAAAAAGUCUGUAAUGUCGCACCGCUAGCUGGUGAAACAAAAGUCUGGCAAUAUGUUACUUUAAUGAAAUCUAUAUUCUUAAUCGAUUGUCCUGGAGUUGUUUAUCCUGAUGGUAAUACUGAAGCAGAAUUAGUUAUGAAAGGUGUUGUGAGAGUGGAGUAUUUACAACAGCCUGAUCUCUAUAUCCGUGAUGUACUGCAGCGCGUUAAACCAGAAUUUCUACAAACCAAGUAUAAUUUACCACCAUUGUCGUCUGAUGAUGUUCAGAAUUAUUUGCACAAACAAAGUACAGCUAAUGAAGCAAAUAAUGAGUGUAGUAAGAAUAGUAAUUCGACUUUAACUCAAUCCUCUACUACACCUCUGUUAUGGAAUGACUAUCCAGAAUUAUUCCUAGAAACCUUAGCUCGACAAAGUGGUAAACUAUUAAAGGCUGGCGAGCCGGAUUUAAACACUACUGCUAAGCGUGUAUUGAACGACUUUCAACGUGGUCGAUUACCCUACUUUGUCAAACCACCAAUGGAGUCGGAAGAACCUCAAAAGAAUGAUGUUAUAGAUGAAUAUUCAGAAGAAUUCAUCAAGGACUUAUCAGAUAACGAUCAAUCCAUUGCUGAUGUGGUUUCUUCUACUGAUAUUGGUUUCGCAGAGCAUUUAUCCGAAACAGAAAAUAGUGAUGAUGGAGAAUUGGAAUCAGAUAGAAUACUCAACUAUGAUCUAAACACUAAUGAUAAUAACAGUGUUAAAACCGAAAUUUCUAAAGAACCAGUUCAAGUCUUGACGUCUAAACAAAAAAGGAGUAUGGACAGAGCUAUACGUCGUCAGAACAAUCGUGCAGGUCGUCAAUUUUACAAAGAAAUUCGUAUUCAGCGAUCUGAUAAAAAUCCUGAGAAUGAUAGACAAGAUCUACAGAAACUAAACCCCCCAUCCAAGAUUAAGAAAAGACACUAACGAAGCAAAAAUUAGAUCUCACCUACAGACGGCUUUGUACAUAAUGUUACUUCGUAUAAAAAUUUGCUUUACAUCUGGACA